AAAUGUCCUUGAAAUUUAGCCACGUCUUGUAUGCUGAUUCAUAUUCUUCCUUUUCCUAUUUUUAGGGCUUUUCAGUAUAUUCAAUAUCGUCACCUUUAAGAACGAGGCUUGCACGACAACGGGAGCUGGAAAUCAGGGCGGAACAUGCUUGACGGCAACCGAGUGCUCUGCCAAAGGUGGAUCUGCGUCUGGCAAUUGCGCCGCAGGAUUUGGUGUGUGUUGCCUUUUUAGUGUGAGCGGUGAAUGUUCUGGCGAUCAAACGAUAUCUCAAAAUUGUACUUAUAUUCAGAACAAUGGAUAUCCCGCAGCGGACACCACUGUAAGUGAGACGUGUGAAUACAACUUUGAGCGGAUUUGUGACAAUCUAUGUCAAAUUAGGCUGGAUUUCAAUACCUUGGUCUCGGUCCAUGGCGCAAUGGGGGAGUGCGGAGACACAGCUGAUGCCAUAACAGUGACUAGUCCAUUUUCAUCUUCCCCAUUCGCGUUUCCUCCGAUAGUUUGUGGAACAUUGACAGGACAGCACAUGUAUCUUGAAACGGGCACGUCCGGUAACGCUGGGACGUUAAACAUUGCCAAGGGGUCAGACGCGGGGAAUCGAAAUUACCAAAUCAAAGUCACUUAUUUCACUUGCAACAAUUUGGCCAAAGCCCCAGCUGGAUGUACCCAAUACUUUACGGGGGAGAGUGGCUCCUUCCAAUCCUACAACUACCAAGGGGGUAAACUCCUGCAGAGCAUGAAUUACAACCACUGUUUCCGCCAGGAAGAAGGUUUUUGCCGAUUGCAAAUCAGCGAGGCUACGGAAAUGACUCCAGAUCCAUUCUUUCUGUCUGAUGAUGAUGACAAGACAAAGCACAACUGCGCUGAUAUGAGUUAUGUAAAUUUUGCGACACCAACGAAUUCAAUGUUUUGUGGUGGAGUUUUGAGUUCCGUGGUAAAUGACAUGACCCCUGGAGCAUUGACGUCCGCUCCUGGAGACUCUUUUCUGGUUGGAUUGCGAACUUUGGCAGAUCUAAACCCGAAUACGUUUACGGGAUUCAACUUGAAUUACAAGCAAGUGGCUUGCCCUUAAAGGCCAUCCAGCGGAUGUGAAACGCUGAUAGGGAUUCUGUUACUUCUGUUGAUGAAUUCGUUCAAAAAUUUAGCUUAUUUCGAAAUAUACA